AUGCCGUUUGGUGAGAAGCACGCUCGUUUCGGCGAUUCCAAGUCACGAAUGGAGGAUCGCAGUCGUGUUUUGACGAUGAAGUACGGUAAGCAGCAGAUGGCGUUGAUCAGGAAACGGAUGAAGGUGGAGAAUUGGAUCGAGACGGAGGUGACCAAGUUGUUCAAUGGAAAUGAGAAUAAUAACGUGGACAUCGAUCUCGACGUGAUCCAAGACAUGGAGGACGUGACAGGCAAGCGUAAGUACGCCUUCGAGCAGCUCCAGAAGGCACACUGCCCGUGUUCGAUGGAUAAGAUAAUCAUGUUCCUCGAUGAGCUCAUCAUUCAACUUAACACUCUUUAA